AGAACGACAGAGCUGAGAACUCGAAACUACCCUUUCCUUUCUUCUAGAAAAUUCUGCAGUAGAAUGUGAGGGUAUUUUCGUCAUUGUGAAGAACGGCGUCGCGGGGUCACUUACAGAAGAAGGCUUGGGUGGGGCCCUUUCCAUCUUCCAUAAAUAGCGUCUCUUCUUCCUCCCUCUUCCUCUGCGGAAGCUUGGCAUUGCUGGCUGAGAACCAAACCAGUGACAGCACAAGAAAACAAAUAAAGCAAAAAAAGAAGAAAGAAAAUGGCACAGGACGGGAAAUUAAGGCCAAAUCUGGACCAGCAGAGCACAAAGCUUCUCAAUCUUACUGUUCUCCAGCGAAUCGACCCAUUUAUCGACGAAAUUCUCAUCACCGCAACUCAUGUCACCUUCUACGAGUUCAACACUGACCUCAGCGAAUGGAGUCGCAAGGACGUCGAAGGAUCUCUCUUCGUCGUCAAGAGGAAUGCUCAACCUCGGUUUCAGUUUAUUGUGAUGAAUCGCCGGAGUACUGAAAAUUUGGUGGAGGAUCUUUUGGGAGAUUUUGAAUUCGAAGUUCAAGUUCCAUAUCUUUUGUAUCGAAAUGCAGCCCGAGAGGUCAAUGGUAUUUGGUUCUACAAUGCAAGUGAAUGUGAAGAUGUGGCAAAUCUUUUUAGCAGGAUACUUGGUGCAUAUUCCAAGGUGUCAUCGACAAAGAGCGAGUUUGAGGAACUGGAAGCAGUCCCAACUAUAGCUCUUAUGGAUGGUCCUUUGGAGCCAUCAUCAUCAACUGCCUGCAUUGUCACAGAUGUUCCAGAUGAUCCUGCCUUUGUGAACUUCUUUAGUACGGCUACAACUAUCGUGAAUUCUUCAACUACAACAAUUACUGGACAGCCUUACCAGUCUUCUUCGACAAUCUCUCUACCUUCCCAUCCAGUCGGAGUUGCCCCUUCCCCUAUUCCUAGCAUGCAGAUAUCAUCUGCAACUUUAUCCCCUUUCCUUGACAUCCCUGAAUCCCACAGAAACACCAAACUGAUCAAUAAUCUUGUAAAGCCAUCUUCGUUUUUUGUUCCUCCAUCCUCUUCACCAACAUCGAUGCCACGUGUCUCUUCAUCAGUGCCUACUGCGCCUCUUCGUUACCCUGCUGUAAGUCUACAACGUCCAUAUGGUGCUGCUUUAUUACAACCUUUUCCACCACCAGCUCCUCCACCAUCUCUCACUCCUGCUUCUUUUCCUAUCCCAAACUGUGGGCCACUUAACAGAGACAAAGUUCGAAAUGCACUCAUGCUGCUUGUGCAGGACAAUCAUUUCAUCGACAUGGUAUAUGCAGCACUCCUGAAUGCACACCAUUCAUAACCUUAUGAGAGAAAUUUUACCAUCAGCAUGUAGGCCACUGAACAUCCUACUCGAAGCGGCAUACAAUCUACAAGCUGGAUUGUUUUUGUUCAUUGUGAAGCUUUUUCUUAUGUUCUGCUCUCUUUUUUCGUAACCCCGUCAGAUGUGUGCGUAUGAAUGUAUAGCAUGUCAGUACUCGUUCGCAUGAGAUAGUACUUGACAUAUAUGUAGGUGUAUUUUGAUAUUGUAAUUGUCUGUGACAUGUACUCUUGAAUGUUUGGUUAGUGAUGCAGUGAGAUUAGCACUUACAUACAUGACCAUGGGAUUCAUGCAAGAUGAGGUUCAUUCAGUUAUAAUAAAUAGGUGUCCUAGUGAUCUAUAAUUAAGAUGAGUCUUUUCAUAUUUUGGGAUUAUCUAGUCAUAGGUGAAAUUCUUGGAUUUAUGAAAGACGAACAACUGUAGGUUCAAGAUAUACAAUAAAUAGGGGGAUUUGGUUCAAUGUAAGUGAUAUUUUCCUGGUAUCUAUAAAUAGUUGUUUUA